AUGGGUUCGGAUGACUCGGUGAGCUAUGACACCAUCGUGAAAGGCGGCCACAAAUUUGCCGUGCUGACCCUGAAGCCAGCGGACAGCCGUCACCUCUUCACAAAGGAGCUCAUCGGGGAGUACAGCAAACGACUCCAGCAGGCCGUCGGCGACAAUGUUCAAGGCCUCAUAACCACCCACCAGGGCAACUGGUUCUCGGGCGGCUUCGACUACCACUCGGCCCCCCCGGUGGAGGAUUUCCGGAAGCUGAUUGCCGAGUUCAUCCAGCUGCCGUUCCCGACGGUGGCCUACAUACGCGGCCGCGCGUACGGGGCAGGAUUCACGCUGGCACUCUUACACGACUACUUAGUGCUGUCGAACAACAGCCCCCUUAGUUUGCGCCAGGACGAGCUGGCUAAUGGGCAUGAGUUGCCGCCGUAUGCUGUGGCGCUGGUGAGGGACAAGUUCCAGCUGUUGGCCUCGCUGGAGCUGCUGGUGUCGUCGGCGUACGUCACAGCCCCGAAGUUCGCGCCCAUAACCGAGUACGUGAAUCCGUACGUAGGGUGGACCGUAGACGAGGUGGUAAAUAAGCUGCUGCAGCCACUGGUUGGCCUCGUCGGCCGCAACUACGGUAGCGUGCGGAAGAUCCUGCUGCCCCAAGUGUGUCAGCUGGUGAAACCCAAACCGGCCGGCUCGCGGCUAUAG